CAACAUGUGCUAAAAUUCGCUGAUGUUCUGCAAGCUUUCAUGGAUAGAUUCAAGGCCGAGUGUCCAAGUAUGAGUUCUGUGAGCGGAGUAUUUGGGAAUUACCUCAAUCGACCAUCGAGUACGAGCAGCAGUUCGACAGCGUCUUCUUCUUCAUUCACCGAGGCCUCUACAUCAUCUAGCUCGGAGACAUCCUCCACAUCGUCUGCACAGAUAUCAGCACCGCCGUCAUCCAGUCCGGACACUCCUGCCGAAUCAACCGCUCAACCCCCCUCAACCCCCUCUCCUCAACCUUCGCAAAACCCAGCCCCAUCUACUAAUCUAGGCCUAGGGGCCCCAGGACCACUCCAGGCCUCACCGCCAGCAGCUACAUCACCGGUCAUACUUCCAGGGCUAUCCUCAUCCAUGAGUUCCAACAGCUUGAGCUCUUCAUCAACCGAUUACGUACCACCACCCCACGACCAUUCACUCACAGAGACAGACCACCAACCCACAAUGAGCACCCAAAAGAUAAUCGGCACCACCAUCGGCGGUACACUUGGCAUAGCACUCACCAUUUGCGCUGUGCUCUACCUCCUACGACUCCAACAUCAAAAGCGAAGAGCCCUCCUCGAAGAAGCCAUCACACGAAACGACAACGAUAUACCCAACACUUCAUCGAACCCUCACCCAAAGACCCGAUACUAUGCUCCAAGCUGCUCCCCACACAACCCUGCUCCCACUGUCGCACCCUGGGAUAUCCCAGGUAGUCGCGGCGGGGACGAUGAUAAAAUGCCGAGCUCAACUAACACCAUCGUACCCUCUACAUACAAGACUACGCAUCCAGCACUUAAUCCCAACUUCAAGCUACCCUCGUCUCCGCCGCUGCCUACUUCUCCCAUAGCUGAAGCAGAGUUCCCCCUUACUAAGGCGUUAUCGCGCACGCCGACGGGGGCGACUGAUAUGAGCGCGCAGGAGCCUCCGAGACCUAUGUCUGCAUCUUGGCCGGGGCUUACUGAGUUGAGCGGGGUUAGUGUUGGUCCUGUCGAGUCUUCGACGACGGGGGUGAGUGAGCUUGGUGGGAAGGGGGUUAAGGGGGGAUUGGAGAGUGUGGCGAAGAUGGAUGAUGGGAAGGGUUCAUAA